AUCUCCACACUCUUCCUUCUUACCAUCAUCUCCAAAAUGGCGUCGUUACUUUCGAUCCCUCUUGAACUACUCGUUGCAGUGUCCGCCUACCUGCCCACCGAAGACUUGGGAUCGCUUCGCCUCACUUGCAAGCAGACCGAGAAGUCGCUCUACGAAUGGUUCUCAAAAGAAUUCUUCACCAAAAAGCAAUUCAUGCUUACGUAUACGAGUCUUCAGGCUCUUGUGGACAUUUCCAACCAUGUUAGCUUCUCCAAGAAGUUGGCACAUGUCAUCAUCGGCGUAAAUGUCUAUGAGGAGAUGCCACUACGCUUCAGAGAUUCGAGUGCCGCUGAGCGCUACAUCCAAGGCUACGAAGAUCAGCAGACACUCACAAGUACGGGCUUAGACCGGGAGAUGCUCACUUGUGCAUUUGAACGUCUUGAAAACCUUACCACUGUCGGCAUUCGCAACUUCGACUCUGCAAGCCGGGUCAGGGAUGGCAAAAGCUGGGGCUCUUGGGGCGCGACGACUGUAUACAAGGAGACGGGAAUUCAACUGAGAGCCCCUAGUCAUAACUUUACCGAGGCACACCAAGGCGGAAGCAACCCCUUUGCACGAACUUUCUCUGUGAUGCUAUAUGCCCUGGGUAAAGCCAGGCGACAGCCUCCUGAGUUUGAAGUUCUAUUGCGCCAGGAAGGGCUGCCGGACAUUGCAUUCUCACUACCGGAUUUCAUCCGGCCCACAGUCGAGCCCGUACUGCAGCAUAUGACAACGCUGUUGCUGAGCUUAGACUUUACGACGCGGAACCUUCACACUCACAGCAACGGGAUGAACGCAGAUCCAAAUCCAGGGCGUUUACUCCGGCGUUUUUUACGCUGCACACCGAAUCUCACACAUCUCCGCCUGAACUUCCUAAAGCACCAGGUCACCAAUAACGAGAAGUUCCUGAGGUGGCUGGGCCAGCCAGCGCCUGCAGCUCAUUUACUUGACGCAGACUUCACCGACCCCCCUGCAGUUGCUCUGUCGCGUUUGAACGUACUAGAGCUUGGCCUGCUAAGCACUAAUGCUCAAACCCUCGUCGACAUCAUUACCAAGUUCGCGCCGACCCUCAAGGACGUGAGCCUCUGGAGGAUGAAUCUCGAUGAAUCCCUCCGCAAUCGAGCUGCUACAGCAUCUCCUGAUCACAAGCCAAACUUCUGGCGUGAUUUGUUCAUUGCUCUGUCCAAAAUUGGACCGCUGGAACUUACUCACAUCAAGGUUGGUAUGCUGCAGCAAGGGCAUCUAUUUGUGAACUUCAGGGGUGGAGACGAUGAUACGGACGUGCAGAAGCUGAAGGAGCACACAGGUAAAGAUAUGAAGAAGUUCUGGAGUAAGCUACAGGAUGAGGUGUUUGUGCAGUGGCCUGCUCAACUUUCUUCGGUGUCGGAUGAAGACUUGGAUGAGGAUAUGCAUGAGGAUGAAGAUGUCGAUGACGAAGAUGACGAAGAUGACGAAGAUGACGAAGAUGACGAAGAUGACGAAGAUGACGAAGAGUGA